AUGAUUGUGCUAGCGAACAGGCCAGGUCAUCCUUUUCUCGGGAAUGAUUUUUACCGAGUAUGCGGAGAUGUUCUCGACUACCAUGCCGUCGAGUACCUUGACGUUACUAGCGAGCUCCAGCUCUUGCGAAGCAUUGCUCCAUCAAUAUCAGAGGCGACGUUAGAAACCUUGUCCAAACUGUUUCGGGAACUCCGACGGUUAACUGACGGAGGUGAGAUCACGUACCCGUACUCCACACGUGAGUUGGUAAAAAUGGUGGCUCAUGCUCAAAGCUUCCAAGGUGAUACUUUGGAGUCGUUGGCAGCUGAUGUGUUCAGCUUCGAUGCCUUCGACGAUCGCCAACGGCUGUUGCAGGCGACCAAUUGCGACUGA